CGUCAUCGGCGCGCGCCGGGCGGGAGCGGGAGAGGGAGCGGGAGAGGGGCCGGGACGCGGAGCCGGGACGCGGAGCCGCCGCCAUGGCCGGGAUCCUCUUUGAGGACAUCUUCGACGUGAAGGACAUCGACCCCGAGGGCAAGAAGUUCGACCGUGUGUCUCGCCUGCACUGCGAGAGUGAGUCCUUCAAGAUGGAUCUCAUCCUGGACGUGAACAUCCAGAUCUACCCGGUGGACCUCGGAGACAAAUUCCGCCUAGUCAUUGCCAGCACGUUGUAUGAGGACGGCACCCUGGAUGACGGCGAGUACAACCCCACAGACGACCGGCCGUCAAGGGCAGACCAGUUUGAGUACGUGAUGUACGGCAAGGUGUACCGGAUUGAAGGGGAUGAGACUUCCACAGAGGCGGCCACACGCCUCUCUGCCUACGUGUCCUAUGGGGGGCUGCUUAUGCGGCUGCAGGGAGACGCAAACAACCUGCACGGGUUUGAGGUGGACUCUCGCGUUUACCUGCUGAUGAAGAAGUUGGCCUUCUAGCACACCUCCAUGACUGCCCCACAGACAUCCUGCUGGCAAGCAAAUAGGAGACCUGAAACCCCAAAUUCUGCCACAACAUCCAUGCUUCCUGGCCUCUCUGGGGCUGGGGAGGAAGGAGCAGUCCCCCUCUUCAUCCCAGCCUCUUCUGACUCCUGCUGGGAUCCACAGCUCCGUUUGGAAGGAGAGAGGUGCCUGACAUCCAAGUGGAGACAGUGCCAUGUACUCCGGUCCUGCCUGAUGGCAUCUCCUCACCUCCACUUUCCUGUGCUCAACAGUAGGCUCAGCCCUGGCUCUGGCCAGGGACAGCCAGACUGGGACAGAUGCCUGCCUGCCUCGGGCCUGGGGACCAUUCCCUCAGGAGCCAUCCCAAAGCAGGCUGACUUGGUUUUGAUUAAACUGGGAUGUUUUCUA